AUGAAUAAUAAUCUGUGGCCGUUAACAUCUUUAGAGUGUCGUUACAGGGCAGAGGAAUUGAUAAAGAAUCUUCAUGAGAGUAAUAAUGGCGAAGAGGUUCUUAUUCAACUCAAUAAUUUCAUCAUGCAACAGGCAAUUAGUGAAGUAAUGUGCAUGGAUCUUGGAUUUCAGUUGUGGAACUCCCCUGUUACAGUCACCAUACUUUUACAGGAAGUAGUAGCAGUGUACCCCAACUUCUUAAACUCAACAUUAACCAUGAAGGAAUCUGCUCGAAUUUCUAAUGCUCUUAUUGUAUUUCUGUGUAUGGCGUAUCACCCAAAGGCAAGAAUGGGGCUCCUCAAAGCAAACAUACCAUAUUAUCUUUACCCCUUUUUCCAAAUUUCAACAAAUGUGAUGAAGCCUCUGCAAUUUAGCAUCUUGUCUCUUAUUGCUGCCCUAGCAGAGGUGUUACUUUUACGUUUAAUACAGAACAACCACGAGUCCUUCAACUAA